AUGCACACAAACAUUUGUCCCACGCACGGCCUCGUCGAGUACCCAGCGGGUGGUCGCUCCACUCUCCAUGCAGGCGAAAACUCGGUCAGCCCAAAAAUCUUCAGGACUCCUACUGGGCAAGCUCAGCGCACCGCCAAGGGAACUCCUCCAAAACAAGGGGAUCAGAAAUCGGGCCGGUCACGAGCCGGGCCCCACAGCGCAGAGAGAACGCGCCAUCAGCAGGGCAGAAGCCAGACCAAUUCAGUGCCAGCCACACAGCCGUCCGUCCCUACCACCACUCGAGCUGAGCAGUCUACCCCGUCCACAGGAGAGUAUCAGAGGGUGCAACCAGCCCCCAACUCAGAUCUCAGGUUCUUUUGGACACCAGAGGCACCCAGCCCGCCAACCGCCACCGUCAAUCCCUGGGCUACAACCACGAAUCCUCAACAGGGGUACUACACGGCUGCAGCUCCUCAAGCCCCAACUUCAUCAGUGUGGGCCUCGCACUCAUACGUGCCUCCAUCGGCACCACCAACAGCUACCCCGCUGCCUUCAACACCGAGCCAAACCAUGCCGGCCGUCACAUCGGAGAUGAUGUCCCUCCUCCAGUAG